AUGCUCUUCCAAUACGCAAACCUCGCCGCAGGCUCUCUGCGUCUAGUACGCUUCCAUCCAAGUAGCAUCUCGAGCAACAUCCAUCUCGUGCUCGAGCAUCAAGAUCGCUACUACGAUGAAGACGUCCACUACAGCGUGCUCGCCUACGAUGGGUCAAACACGAGCGAUGUGAAAAGCAUCACGCUACAAGGUCGCACAAAGCUGGUCCCGAGAACACUAUGGGAAGCUUUAAAUGGCAUGUUCGACUUUCACGAUACGAUGGGACGCUUCUGGAUCGAUUAUGUAUCAAUCAAUAUGAAGGACGAUGAAGAGAAAAGGGUUCACCAGGCUCAACUUCCGAGAAUAUACGCCUCUGCAGACAGAGUGUUGGCAUGGGUAGACUCGACUGAUGGCACCUUCGAGGAAGCAUUUGCUGAUGUCUCUUCUCAAACCGUGGGCACUGAGGGGAGGAAGGCUGCUUUGGAAGUCCUUCGAAGCGAAGAAUCCGUUAAGGCCGUCCUGGACACACCAGCCAUGAGAAGCGCGAAGAAGAUUGUGCUUGCCUGCGGGAAACAACGCACCUCAUCAACCAUGUCCGACAAUAAGAAGACCGACUCUCCCUCCACCAAGGCCACCAAGGAAGCAGCCAACACCAAACUCCCCUCCUCCCCAGCCACAUUCGAAGACACCUACCCCACCGUCUCCGAGUCCAGACUCCGCGACUCUCCCGAGCAAAUCACCCACAAAGACUACCACGAAGACUUUAUCGUCGUGUCGACCACCGCUACUCCGGCUCCGGGCGAAUUGGAGACGAACGGCAAGGCGUAUGGAUCCGUAGGAAGCGUGGGCGUGGAAGGCGUGGAGGGGGGCUUGAGUAUGAGGAAUGAGGCGGCCAGGAAGGGAAUGGUGACGGAGGAGGAUUACGUUUUUGUUGGAGGGACGGAGAAGGAGAAGAAGGAGGUGAAGGGAAAGAAGGAAGGGAAGGGAGAAAAGAAGGAGGGCGGCAAGAACGGUUGA